AGGUCUGACCAAGCGAGAGGGGCAGCUGACUCCCACACAGAAAUACCUAGCUAUCAGUCGGAUGCCGAGCUUGCUGGAGUACUUGAGCUACAACUGUAACUUCAUGGGCAUACUGGCAGGCCCCACCUGCUCUUACAACGACUACAUGGCCUUCAUCGAAGGCACGUGCUACCAGCCACGCCACCAGGAGAACGCCAACGGCAAGGAGAACGGGAAGUACAAGCAGAGCGAACCCUCACCCAAGAAUGACGUCAUUUCCAAGCUGUGUACAUGUGCCAUCUCGCUGGCCAUCUAUCUGUCACUGUGCAAGGUGCUCCCAGUGGAGCACUCCAUAGACGAUGACUUUGUCAGCUCCACACCCUUCCAUCUUCAGGUCGUCUACCUUUACCUGGCAAUGCUCGCUCUGAGGCCAAAGUACUACUUUGUCUGGACGUUGG